CUGUUUCCUGGUGACGACAUGAUGACGAUGUUACUUCCUGAUACACCUGGCCAGGUGAACAACAACAAGAGUUUCUUGUGACAUUCAGACCCGGUUCUGGUCCCGGUCCAGGUGAAGAUGAAGCUCUGCAGCUGACUGGCUGGUGACUGAGACACAGAGAUGGCUGAUGGGAUGAAGACAGAGCUGGUGAGCGCCAUCCACCUGCAGGAGGUGGAGCUGCAGGACGAACCUGCAGACAAGGAGCAGGGCAGCAGCAACAAUAACACUGGUGAGACAUUCACUGUCGAAGAAGCUGUAGAAAAAAUUGGCUUUGGUCGGUUUCACAUCCUGCUGUUUGUCAUCAUGGGGAGCACCAACAUCGUGGAGGCGAUGGAGAUCAUGCUGUUAGCUGUAGUUUCUCCUGAGAUUCGAUGUGAGUGGCGUCUGGACGACUGGCAGGUCGCUCUCGUCUCCACAAUGGUGUUUCUGGGCUUCAUGGUCUGUGGAGUUUUGGGAGGAUACAUCGCUGACAGAUAUGGACGCUGGAAGGUGGUGUUCGCAGGUUUUGUGUGGAGCGCCUACUUCUCACUACUGACAUCGUUCGCUCCAUCAUACGGUUGGUUCAUCUUCCUGCGCAGCAUGGUGGGCUGCGGGGUCGCCGGCGUGUCACAGGGGUUCGUGUUGAAGACGGAGUUCAUCCCUGCUAAGUAUCGAGCCUACCUGCUGCCUCUGGCGACUAUUUUCUGGAUGACAGGCUCCAUGCUGAUCAUCAUAUUGGGGAUGUUGGUGGUUCCCCCUCUGGGCUGGAGGUGGAUGAUCCGACUUUCUGUCACCCCGAGCAUCAUCCUCAUCUUCCUCUUCAAGUUUAUCCCAGAGUCGGCUCGUUAUAACGUGUCAGCAGGAAACAUUCAGGCUGCCGUUGAAACUCUGCAGAAAAUCGCUAAAAUGAACAGAGCGUCUCUUCCAGAAGGACGACUGGUGGAGCCGCCGGUGAGUGAGCGAGGCAGCUGGAGGAUUCUGCUCGGCUCAUCGUUCAGGAGGACAUCGUUGCUGCUCUGGUACUCAUGGUUCGUGGCAUCCUUCGCGUACUACGGUUCAGUGCUGAGCAGUUCAGAGCUGCUGGAGAAGAACUUGUUGUGUGUGACGGACGCAGGACGAGAGCAUCAGGUCAAACACCGCCAUGAGGACGGGCUGUGUUACUGCAUCCCCUUCGCCCUCAGUGACUACCAGACGCUGCUCAUCAGCUGCCUCGGAGAGGUCGCACUGGUCCCAGUAAACAUCUGUCUGCUCAAUGUGCUCGGACGGAAGAUGAGUCUGACUGUCCUGCAGCUGGUGGCGGCCAUUUUGUUCAUGCUAAUAAACAUCUGCACCACCAUGUUUGGGUUCACAGUGUUGCUGUUCCUGCUCCGGUCGCUGGUCUCCAUGAACUUUAAUGUGGUUUAUAUUUACACUGCUGAGGUGUAUCCCACGGCGGCUCGGUCUUUGGGGAUGGGCUUCUGUACGUCAUUCAGUCGGAUCGGAGGGAUGAUCGCUCCGUUCAUCGCUCAGGUGCUGAUGUCUCAGUCGGUGAUUUCAGCUCUCAGCCCUUUUGCUGUGGCCUGUGUGGUCUGUGCUCUGGGGAACUUUCUGUUACCGAUAGAAACUAAAGGACGAGCUCUGCUGCAAAACUCCUGAUGAUGUCAAAAUAAAACUGCUACAUGUUUGUUACUUUAUUAUUGUAACAUUUGUGAUAUAAAAUAUUAAAUAUUUUAUUUGUA